AAGCUAUCUCCUCAUUCCUCUCAUUCACACACCUAGCUGCAGAGGCAGGCACAGCCCCUCAAGCUCCCAAGACUUUGCGCUCUAUCCCCCAGGACUGCUUCAAGCCACCAAGCUCCCAAUACCAACAGUGGACCAGCGCCCGAGCGAUUGCCUUCAACCAGCAGCCCAACAGAGAAUGAAAAUGCAGGUCUCCGAUGUGAUCAUGGAAGGCGAGCUGGAGAAAAGGAGCGACAACCUCCUCCAGUUUUGGAGGAAAAAGCUCUGCGUCUUGACCAAAGACAGCCUUAACAUGUUCGCCGAUGGGCAAAAGAGGAGCAAGUGCAAGGAGCUCAAGUUCCAGUCCAUAAAGAAGUUGGAUUGUGUGGAGAGGACGGGCAAAUACAUCUACUUCACCAUUGUCACCAUGGACAAUAAGGAGAUAGAUUUCCGCUGCCCCGAUGAAAGCAGCUGGAACGCGGCCAUCACCAUGGCUCUGAUCGACUUCCAGAACAAGAAAGCCCUCCAAAGUUUCAGGGAGCGACAGAACAGUGAGAGGAGGGUGGCUCCAUGCAAGUGAUCCAAUGAUUCUCAAGCAUCAACCCUAUGGAACAGGGCCAUGAUUAAUGGACCAAAAUGCACGCGCGGUUGCCGGGAGAGGCUCAUGAGACAGGAAGUGAUUGCCUUACAAGGACACAGCAUGUUGAAUGACAAUUGUUUGAGCUCCACACACUGGAGUUUUUGUCCAAGGAGCUGACGAUUGAUGAACGGAGAAGACGGAUUAUCCACGCGAUUAGUGUUAUUUAUUUAUCCGCG